AUGAAAUUAGUAGCAGUAAUAACAUCCUUAGCAGCAGCAACAAUAAUAACAAAGUCAAUAACAAUAACAGUAACAACAACAACAACAAUGUCACUAACAGUAACUAUUAACAGUAAUAACCAUAACAAUAAAAUCAAUAACAAAAGAAAGGGAAAAACAAUAACACUAAUAAUGGUGCUGACAACAAUAACCAUAACAACAGUGACGAUAACGGUGACAAUAACAGGAACAAUUUAUUCUCAUUUUACUUCCUGUCAACAACCAUCAUUUCUCUGUCCUGAAAUUUUAUGCUAUUCCAUUCCAUCCGGUCUUCAUGAAAAAGAAAAAAAAGGAAAAAAGGAGAAAGAAGAAAAAUGA